GAUACAGAAGUCUCGAAUUGGAAGACGAUACAAGAACAGGAGCCCUCUCUCUCAUCAACAUGGACAUGGUUUCAUUUCGUGGAACCUAAGAAGAGCUUAAGAAAUAGAGGGUGGGUAAGGGUUUAAACGGCAGAGAGAUGAGGAGGCUAUGCUUUGUCCAACCCUUUUCAGAGGCUUUUGUGAAGAUUCCAAAUUCACUAUGGCUUCUCCAAACCCUUUCAUUUUCACACACUCCUCCUUCCAAGACAUCAAAGCUCGCCCCCCUUCAGGAGGGGAAAAUGAUAGAUCGGUUUAAGCUAUGGGCGAAAGGAGGGGAUGGGGGCAAUGGUUGUUCCAGCUUUCACCGUAGCCGACACGAUCGCCAUGGUCGACCUGAUGGUGGGAAUGGUGGGAGAGGUGGUGACGUAGUACUAGAAUGUUCUCCCACGGUGUGGGACUUUAGCGGUCUGCAACAUCAUCUUAAUGCAAAGAGAGGGGGACAUGGAGCUUCCAAAAACAAGAUAGGAACCCGAGGGGCUGACAAGGUCGUCCUAGUACCUGUUGGCACUGUUAUUCAUCUUUUAGAGGGUGACAUUCCUUCUGUAGUUGAGAACAGUUCCUCUGCAGCUCUGGACCCAUGGGAGAUUCCUGGUACUCUCGACGGUGAUCUAUCUGAAUCUGCUCGACAAUCCUUCCCACCUACCACCACUGGCAUAAAGGCAGUGGAUAUCAAUGGCGGCUUAUCAUCUUUUACCAGUAAAGCAAUUGUGGCAGAUUCUGCUAGUACAAAGCAAGGGACUUGGGCUCCAUCAAUUGAAUCACUUCCUCAAACUUUGCCUUCUGGUGAAAAAUCCAGAGUUCACGCAGAAGGUGCUAUAUGUGGGAAUGAAGAAGGCCAAAGUCAGUGGGAUGGUCUGGACACUGAUGACGGUACUUCUGAAGUUUUGGAUGCUGAUGAUGGCAUUUCUGAAGCAGAAAAGGAAGAAAAGGAACACAUACAAUAUAACAUUGCAGAAUUAACAGAACCAGAUCAACGCGUAAUUGUUGCUUGUGGAGGGGAUGGUGGCUCAGGGAAUAUUUCUUCCACUAAAGCUUUUAAAAAGCCUAGCCUUGGGAAGCCUGGGAAUCUAAAGGAUAAAGGCUUUGGUUCUGAAGUUUCUAAUGAUGAUCAACAUUCAUCACUUAGUGCUGGUUUGCCUGGUUCUGAGGUUCUUCUUCUGUUAGAACUCAAGAGUAUCGCUGAUGUGGGCCUUGUGGGGAUGCCAAAUGCUGGGAAAAGUACUCUUCUAGGUGCCAUAUCAAGGGCUAAGCCCAGAGUAGGCCAUUAUGCCUUUACAACUUUGAGGCCAAAUUUAGGAAAUCUAAAUUAUGAUGAUUUCUCAUUCACGGUGGCCGACAUUCCCGGACUAAUAAGGGGAGCUCAUGGAAAUCGUGGACUUGGACAUGCUUUUCUGCGUCACAUAGAACGCACAAAAGUUCUUGCUUUUGUGUUGGACCUGGCUGCAGCAUUGGAUGGUAGAAAAGGAAUCCAACCAUGGGAACAGUUGAAAGAUUUAAUCUUGGAGCUUGAAUUUUAUCGCGAGGGUUUGUCAGAUCGACCGUCCUUGGUAGUGGCAAAUAAAAUUGACGAGGCAGGGGCUGAAGAAGUGUAUGAAGAAUUAAGAAGAAGGGUGUCCGGUGUUCCUAUUUUUCCAGUUUGUGCAGUUCUGGAGGAAGGGAUAUCAGAGCUAAAAUCUGGUCUUAGAAUGCUUGUUAAUGGUGGAGAAUCGUACAGACUCAAUGUAGAUGGUAUUGUGCUUGACUAAGCUGUUAUUUAUACACUGAUUUCAUACAGCUGAAGAAUGCUCCCUUCAAGGCACAUCUUUGACUAGUAUACACGGGCUUCUAAGAGGAUUAUUUAGUCAACCAAUGCAACAGAGUGUAUGACUAAAAAAUCAGUCCUUGGCCUUUUAGUUUCAGAUGAGAUGACACUGUUGUUUUGAUAUUAAUAUGUUUGCAGAUCAACAUCAUACCGUGGAUGGCCUGAGUAAUAUUUAAUAUAGUGGGCAAUCUUCCUUACAAAUCUCUGCAAGAAUAAUAUGUUGUGGAAGAGGCUUUUCUGUGAAUUUUCCUCUCUAGUUGAAGAGAUAUAGUGGCCACACAAGAUUGUAAACCGCCUUUUCUAAUCUGAAAAUCAUUCACAUGAUAAAGGUUCUGCAUUUUUUGUUUGUGUUAGUAUCCAAUUUGCUUACUAAAUAUGACCUUUCGCUUUU